AUGUGGAGGCUCAUCAAGGCAGUCCAGGGCUGGCCGGCAGGGCCGGAGGACAAGCAAGCGCCAACCGGAUCCUGGGGCUCGUCUAUUUUGUCACCUAUGUCUUCUUCGUCUUCUUCGUGCCGCUGGUGCUGUGGGGAAGGGAAACUCUCCUCCACCUCGGCCCGCUGUGCUAAGGACAUCCUGGGCUUCGCUAUCGUGUUCUUCAUCGUCUUCUUCACCUACGCCCAGCUGGGCUCUUUCCUCUUCGGGAUGCAGGUGGAAAACUUCAGCACCUUCAACAAGUGCAUCUUCACUCAGUUCCGGAUCAUCCUCGGGGACUUCGACUACGACGCCAUCGACAGCGCCAACCGGAUCCUGGGGCCCGUCUAUUUUGUCACCUAUGUCUUCUUCGUGCCGCUGAACACGUUCCUGGCCAUCAUCAAUGACACCUACUCGGAGGAGGAACUCUCCAGCCAGAAAGACGAGCUUCAGCUCUCGGCUAUCUUGAAGCAGGGCUACAAUAAGACGCUGCCGAGGCUGCGGCUGAAGAAGGAGCGGAUCGCCGACGUCCAGAAAGCGCUGCGGAGCGGGUCCGAGGAGCUGGAGUUUGAGGACUUCAAAAACAGCCUGCGGGAGAGAAGCGGCAUGGCCUAG